AUGACAGAGAACCAACCACACAGCAGUAUUCAGAUAUCAGAACCAAGUACCAAUGGCUUCCCCUGGAGAAAACUGUCCUCUGUAGAAAAGGGAAAGUUUCCUGCAGAAGCCACUGUGACCUUUCACAACAUCUGCUACAGAGUGAAAGUGAAGAGUGGCUUUUUAUAUUGUCAAAAAGCUGUUCCUAAACAAAUUUUGAAAGAUAUCAAUGGGAUUAUGAGACCCGGUCUUAAUGCAAUUUUGGGACCCACUGGCAGUGGCAAAUCUUCGCUAUUGGAUAUCUUAGCUGCAAGGAAAGAUCCUCACGGGCUCUCUGGAGAGAUUUUGAUAAAUGGAGCUCCUCGGCCUGCCAAUUUUAAAUGUAUCUCUGGAUAUGUGGUACAGAAUGAUGUGGUUAUGGGGACCCUGACAGUGAGAGAAAAUUUUGAGUUCUCAGCUGCACUCCGAUUGCCAAGUACCGUGUCUGAACAGGAAAAGAAGGAACGAGUGAACCAAAUAAUCAGGGAACUGGGUUUGGCCAAAGUGGCAGAUUCCAAGGUUGGCACCCAGUUUAUUCGUGGGGUGUCUGGGGGAGAAAGAAAAAGGACCAAUAUUGGAAUGGAACUCAUUACUGACCCUGCAGUCUUGUUCUUAGAUGAACCAACUACUGGAUUAGAUGCCAGCACUGCCAAUGCUGUCUUGCUGCUCCUGAAAAGGAUGUCAAGUCAGGGGAAAACAAUAAUCUUUUCACUCCAUCAGCCCCGGUACUCCAUAUUCAGAUUGUUUGAUAGCCUGAUGUUACUGGCUGCAGGAAGCCUGUUGUACCAUGGCCCUGCUCGGAAUGCUCUGCAAUACUUCAAAUCUAUUGGUUAUGAAUGCGAGCCAUACAACAAUCCUGCUGAUUUUUUUCUGGAUAUCAUUAAUGGAGACUCAACUGCUGUGACACUCAGCAAAUCAGAAUUUGUCAAAACCAUUGAAGAGGACAGAGGUGAUAAGACUAUUGCUGAGAAAUUAGCGGAGUUGUUUUCCAGUUCCCCUUACUACAAAGAAACAAAAGCAGAAUUAGAGAAGCUGUCUUUGAAAAAUAAAAGGAAGAUGAGUGCAGAUUUCCAGAAAAUCACAUAUAGCACUUCCUUCUUUCACCAGCUCAAGUGGGUGUCCAGACGCACAUUUAAAAACUUGAUAUAUAACCCACAAAGCUCCAUGGCCCAGCUGUGUAUUACAACUGGUCUGGGAGUAGUUGUAGGAGCCAUUUUCUCUGGAAUAAAAAAUGAUUCCAGUGGCAUUCAGAACAGAGUUGGUGCUUUAUUCUUUUUGACCACCAAUCAGUGUUUGAGCAGUGUUACAACUAUUGAACUUUUUGUCACAGAAAAAAAGAUAUUUAUACAUGAAUAUAUCAGUGGUUACUACAGAGUAUCUACAUAUUUUUUCUCAAAGAUAAUAGCUGAUUUAAUACCCAUGAGGACUUUACCAAGCAUCAUCUUCACCUGUAUAAAUUAUUUCUUAAUAGGUUUCAAGCCAACAGUUGGAGCCUUCUUUAUCAUGAUGGUUACCCUUAUACUGGUCGCCUACACAGCCAGUUCUAUGGCUCUGGCUAUAGCAACGGGACAAGAUGUUGUGGCUGUCGCUAAUCUCCUCAUAAAUAUUUGCUUUGUUUUUAUGAUUAUUUUCUCUGGCUUGCUGGUAAAUCUCACAAGCAUCGAAUCUUGGCUUUUCUGGCUGAACUAUUUCAGCAUCCCUCGCUACGGCCUGACAGCUUUGCAAAUUAAUGAAUUUACAGGUCUAAGCUUUUGCCAGAACGCCAGUGUGACUGGGGUCAAUGUAAGUUGCAUCACUUCUAGUCCAUUUACAAUCUGCACUGGAGAAGAAUAUUUGAAAAUGCAAGGCAUUGAAGUGUCUGCUUGGGGCAUGUGGAGGAAUUAUGUGGCUCUUCUAUGCAUGACACUAAUCUUCUUUACAAUUGCAUAUUUGAAACUGCGCUUCCUGAAGAAGUUCUCUUAA